GUAAGUUGUAGUUCUUUUGUGAGGUUUAUUACGGUUGAACAAAUUUUUAUAUUUUUUAUGUUUUAAUAACAGGUAAUAUUCUGCAUCUUUGAGUUACAAACUCAUCUAAAAGUCGUCAAAGCUGAAAAGGGGUUCGGGCAAAGUUCAAGACCACCGAAGCAGUUCUGUCCAUACGCAUCAACAUUAGAAUGACCGCGUCGAGAUGGGUGGUCCAGUUGAUAGCUGUGACGGCGUGCUACGCCAGCCAGUUCGACACGGGGGGAGAUAAAAAUAGCCUAACCACCGUCACGAACGAAAGCAGCUACCUCAAGCUCGAAGAGAUUAAGGGAACGCCGAACUAUAGACUAAUAAAGACUGAGAAGGGACAGUGGAUUCCGGAAAGGGAACUAAAGUUGGAUAGUUGCGUGAGAAAAGCGAGAUGCGAACCGCUGAAUAGAACGACUUGUUUAGGAGUCAAGCUGCCGUAUAAUAGGACGAGCGUUCACCUAACAUUCUACGAUAGUCAGUACAAAAUUCAAAACCAAUUGGAGUUAUACAGGGAGUUAAUAAAUGUGCCAAAAUGCUGGGCGGUUAUUCAGCCGUUUCUGUGCGCAACUUUUAUGCCAAACUGCGAAAAUAUACUCGGACAGGACAUGGUUCAUCUACCAUCGUAUGAGAUGUGCAAAAUAACCAUGGAACCCUGCGCGAUAUUGUAUAACACUUCAUACUUUCCCUCGUUCCUGAAAUGUAACGCCACAUUGUUCCCGUCGAAAUGCGAGAACGCUGCCAGGGAGAUGAAAUUCAACACGACCGGCAAAUGUGUCUCACCGCUCAUACACACUGACAAACCACAUCACUUUUAUGAAGGUAUAUCCGGCUGCGGAGUCCCAUGUCGGGACCCUCUGUACACGGAGGACGAGCAUCAACAGAUACACCGUCUGAUCGCGUGGGGAGCGAGCGUGUGCCUCGCUCUCAACCUGUUCACAGUCGCCACAUUCAUGAUAGACUGGCGGAGUGCGAAUAAAUACCCUGCGCUGGUGAUAUUCUACAUCAACGUGUGCUUCGCUGUCGCUUCUAUGGGAUGGCUGAUUCAAUUUGGCAUCGGCUCCAGAGAUGAUAUCGUGUGCUCUAAAGACGGGACGAGGCGACAGGGCGAGCCCUCAGCUGAGGAAAACUUAUCGUGCGUCGUCGUCUUUGUUCUGGUUUACUACUUCAUGAUGGCGGCUUGCGUGUGGUUCGUGAUAUUCACGUAUGCUUGGCACAUGAGUUUUAAGGCACUUGGUAAAAUUCAAGACAGGAUAGACAAAAAGGCGGCGUAUUUUCACCUCGUAGCGUGGUCUCUACCGCUCAUACUGACGAUCACGACCAUGGCUUUCGGUGAGGUGGAUGGGAGCAGUGUGACUGGGAUAUGUUUCGUCGGCUACGUCAACCAUCCUAUGAGAGCGGCUUUACUGUUAGCACCAUUGUCUAUUGUGCUACUCAUCGGAGGAUAUUUCUUGCUUAGAGGUGUGUUCUCCCUCAUAACCGUCCGAGUGACGAGCAAAGGCGUGAUAUCCCCGCGAGCGGCGAGCAAGAUCCGCCAGACUAUAACGCGGUGCUCGCUGUCCGCGGCGCUCGUGGCCGUGUUCAUAUGCGUGACGUUCGCGUGCCACGUGUACGAGUUCCGCAACGCCGAGCUGUGGCGGGACGCCUUCCGCAGGAAUAUCAUUUGCCGGCUAGAGGCGGCGCGUGAAGGCGGGGCCGCGGCGGCGUGCGGCGGCGGCGCUCGGCCGUCCGUAUCGGCGUUGCAGCUGCGGCUGCUGUGCGUGUUCGCGGCGGGCGCUCUCAUGGCCUCCUGGGUGUGGACGCCGGCCGCUGCCGCAGCGUGGCGACGGUAUAUGGCCAAGAAGUGCGGCUGUUCCGUCCAACCGGAGCUAACUCGACGAGCACGCAAGCACGAACUAAUAGCACGCGCGUAUCGCCGCCGCAACGAGUUCCUCGCGCGCGGCCGCCUCGAGAUUUCCCUGGGGGGCUCCCGGCAGGAUCCUGUGGGGUUCUGUCUGGACAACACCUCGCCGAUUGACUAUGUGGAGGACGGGAAACAUGAGAGCUUGGAGCUAUCUUCUUCCUGGGCGGCGACGUUACCACGUUUCGUGCGGCGUCGCGACGCACUAGUUGCGGGCACGGGCGGCGGAAGACACUCCCUGUCAUCCACGAGCUGCGUCAACGAGCGUCGCACAUCACAGGACUCGCAAAUCAGCAUCAGCCUGCGCCACGUCUCCGUCGAGUCUCGGCGUAACUCCCUCGACAGCCAGCUCUCCGUCAAAAUAGCAGAGAUGAAGACCAAAGUCGGACGCCGCAGGACAAAACAUACUAAGGCGAAGCGUAAACGCGCGAGGAAGGAAAGCACGCCGUCCAUAGAGAGCCAAAUUAGCCGGUACUGGCUCCAAGCGUUGGCCACCGAGCCCGACAGACAUGAGAGACACGAACGAGAGGAGGUGCAUUUUAGUUUCGACGAGUAGCCAUCACUAAAAUGAUGAAAUCGAGUCUUCCGUUACAGAGAUUAUUAGUAUGAUAGAUGGUAGACAGCUCCUAUUUUGUGUGUAUCCUUUACGAAGAGUUAUACUUACAAAAUAAUGCAAGGCGAGCAUCAUUUAUAGCCGCACUCAGAAACAUUUAAUGAUGAUUAAACUUCAAUUUAAUGAAGAGUUUGACAUAAUG